UUCUCGCAGGACACAGAGAUCCUCUGCUGGGAUCUGCGUAAUCUGGGCAAGGUGUUGUACUGCAUGAAAAGGACUGUCACGACUCACCAGCGCAUGUACUUCGAGCUUUCCCGGUGCGGGAACUACCUUGUUUCAGGCAACAGUAAUGGCAUCGUCACUGUGUGGGACCUUCAAGUUGAACCAUUAGAGCUCGACGACUGUGAGCCCCUCAAAAAACCAGGCCUUUUCUUCAAGGCUCAUGAUGACUGUGUAAAUGGUGUCAGCCUCCAUCCAACAUUGCCAGUGUAUGCCACAACAUCUGGGCAGAGGAAGUUCCCAGAGCUUUCAGACGACGACAGUGACACUUUCUUUACGUUCAAUGAUUCGGAGAAAGUGGACAACUCUCUCAAACUUUGGCUCAUCGAUGACAGACCGCAGGAUGCCGUACAGUCAUCAUAACUGUUGUGUACUUGCCUCUAAUUUCAAUGCACCUUCAGCCUCAUUUUCUACUGUACCAUCUGGAUGUGCAUUUAUCGUUACUGUACAUAGGAAAAUAAAUGGCAUUUGAUUAUUGAGUUCGUCU